UCGUGAGGGACCUUUUUGGUGCUGCUUUUGUUUGUAAACUCUGUGUGAUUGUGCAAAGAAUCAUGUCUCUCCAUUUGCAACAACUUAUUAUUGCUCUUCUGAAGAAACAGAAAGGAGAGGGAGGAGGGUAACAGUUUUCAAAUGCACAAUCAUUUCUGCCAAUGUUUUUUAGGUGGAAUUACUUUUUCCUUUAUGAUGGCUCAAAAGUGAAGGAGGAAGGGGAUCCUACAAGUGCUGGCAUCUGUUAUUUUUACCCUCCCCAGACCAUCCCGGAGCAGCAGGAGCUGCUGUGUGGGCAGAUGGCCGGGGUUGUUCGCUGCCUCACCGAGAUCUCCGGGGCUCCUCCCAGCCUGGUCCGCCUCAGGAAGCUCAAGUUUGCCGUGGUGGUGGAUGGAGACUUCCUGUGGGUUCUGGGCUGUGCUGUGGAGCUGCCUGACGUGAGCUGCCGGCGGCUCCUGGAGCAGCUCAUCGGCCUCUUCACCUUCUACCACGGCCCCGUGCGUGCUGCAUACACGGUGUUUUCCCAGGAGGAGCUGAGCAGGGAGUGGGACAGGUACAUUGAGCACAUCCAAAAAAACACCAGUGACCUCCACAGGAUUUUCAAUUCUCUCUGGCAUCUGGACAAAACCAAGGUGGAUCCCCUGCUUUUGCUGAAGGCAGCUCUCAUCCUGCAGACGUGCCAGCGCUCUCCCCAUGUCCUGGCAGGCUGCAUCCUCUACAAAGGCUUGAUUGUGAGCACCCAGCUGCCACCUCCACUCACUGCCAAAGUCCUCCUGCAGGGCAGUGAGUCCCCAGGCCAGAGUGAGCCUGGAGCUGAGGAGCUGCAAGAGCCUGAGCCUCUGCUGCCGCCGGGUGUCCGGAUGCUCCCGGUGUUCCUCACAGCACAGGAGGUCUCUGCACUCCGGGACUUCCCAGUGGAGUGGAUGGCCAGGUCACCCAUGUCCCCAGCAGGCCCCAGAGGAGAGGCAAGUGCUCUCUGCUCCCAGGCAGUUCCAGAAUCAACAGGAGCUCGUGAAAGCCAAGCCUUGGAUGGAAUCUCUGUGCAGAAGUCCCAUGAGGACCCUUCGGGCACACCUGCCCCAGGAGAUGCUGUGCAGUUGGGCAGCCCUGCAAGUCCUCUGACAGACUUUUCCGGAAUGGGAGCUGGCACAAGGAAUUCUCCAGCUGCAAACCUGAGCAGAGCAGGCAGUGAAAGCUCAGAGCUCAGCAGGAAAACAUCCUUCCCCUCAGAGAGCAACACAGAGCAGCUCCCAAGCCCUUCCUCACUCCAGACUGAAUGUACUUGGACUACAGGUCCAUACCUGGAAGGCUUCUCCUUCCCCAACCCUUACUCCGGGGAGCAGGAGAGCCAGGACAAGGGGGAAACCCCUGCAGAUUCUGAUGUUGGUCACUGUGCUUCCCAAAAUUCCCUUUCAGUCAGCCACAAUCCAGCUGUUCCCUCUCCUGCCCGGGAGCUGAGCAGAAGGAAAUCCAGUGAGGAGGACAAGCCAUGGCCUGUGAGCCAGGCCCGUGUGUCUGGAGGAGGAGACAGCACAGCUGGUGACCACGUGCAGGGCUUGGAUUCUCUGGGCCCUGCUGGACACGCACAGCUCCUGGGAGCAGGGCUCCAGGGGGCUCUGCCCAGCGCCCCUGCAGGGGACAGGCUGGGUGGCAGAGGGGGUGAGCCAGCCCAGCUGAGCCUCUACGUUCACAGCAUCCAGGGCUUGGUGCUGUCGCUGCUGGCCGAGGAGCAGCUGCGCCGGGACCGCGGUGCCGUGGAGGACGUGUACCACAGCAGCCUGGCCUCCCUAAAUGGCCUCGAGGUUCACCUGAGGGAGACCCUGCCCAAGGACUCCUCGGCCUCAGCCAGGACAAACUACAGCUUCACACACUAUGAUUGUGUCCAGAACGUCCUCACGGCCAACCUGCCCCACAGCCCCGGGCCCCUGGAGCGGCACUUCCUGAGGGCAGCCACGCUCAUCCACUCCGACUUCAGCCAGCUGCCCACGGCCUCAGAAGUGAUCAUCAGGAACGCCUCCACAGCCGUGUACGCCUGCCGAAACCCUGUCCAGGAGACCUACUUCCAGCAGCUGGGAGCUCCACUCCGCAACUCAGGCGUCCCCAACCCACAUGACAGUGCCUUCAGCCUGCCCAGCAAGGCCAAGCAGAAGCUGCUGAAGCAUGGGGUGAACCUGCUGUGAGCUGCUGUGCUCAGACAACGGCUCAGCCCUGUGAAACGUUCAUCUCCAGUAAGGAAAAUC